UUUGUUCUUUUUUCAAACCUCAAAUCUCACGGAAAUUUAGUUUGAACAAUCUUUUCUCAAACGUGAUAAUAACAUUAUUCACAUUCAUUUGCCUGGUUCAAUUUGAUCUUUUUCUCACUAUUUUUACGAUUUAUUUGUCUAUUUUUUUUUAAAAAAAUAAUUUUUAAUCCUUGAUUUGAUGUUCGCAAAUAAACAGUAGUGAGAUACACUUCAUAUUAUUAUUAUUGAAAAUCUACAUCUACAUCCAAUCUUAGAUCAGAAAAAUUAAAAGAACCAACUAACCAACCAAGAAGCCAUGAACUUUCAAGAAUUUGAGUCCAACAACAACAACAACAACAGGAGCAGCAUCAGCACCACCACCGCCACCAACAACAAUUUGAUGAUGAUGACAUCCAUGACGAUGGCCAUGACUUCGUCAUCAUCGGCAUCGUCGUCGUCGACAUCGUCACCUUCAACUCCUUCUUCGAGCCGCUACGAGAAUCAGAAGAGGAGGGAUUGGAACACCUUUGGUCAGUACCUCAGAAACCAUAGGCCUCCACUCUCUCUCUCUCGUUGCAGCGGUGCACAUGUUCUUGAGUUUCUCAGGUACCUGGACCAGUUUGGAAAAACGAAGGUUCACACACAGAUGUGUCCAUUCUUUGGGCACCCGAAUCCCCCGGCGCCGUGCCCUUGUCCGUUGCGGCAAGCAUGGGGGAGCCUCGACGCGCUCAUCGGCCGCCUCAGGGCGGCUUUUGAAGAGAAUGGAGGGAAGCCGGAAGCCAACCCUUUCGGCGCUCGCGCCGUCAGGCUUUACCUCCGUGAGAUUCGUGAUUCACAGGCCAAAGCCAGAGGAAUCAGUUACGAGAAGAAGAAGCGCAAGCGUCCCCCAUCUCAUGGACAACCUCAAGCUCAACCUCCACCACCGCCAUUGCCACCACCUUCAAAUGAAUCAAAUCACUAGUAUACAGAACUUGGGGAUUUGAGACAUGGUGAUACUGCAAUAUAAGGUAUGCAUUAUGGAAUUUGAUUUAAAAAAAUGUACAAUUGGAGUUGCACUGUUCCUGAUUACAAAAUUAGUAGCAGUGAUGAGUUGAGUGAAUAAAUUUAAGUGGUAGUGCGAAGAGUGAGUGUGGUUGUGUGCAUGUGUGAGAUCAUUACAUCGCGUCCUCCAAUUUGUAAUAAAUAUCUGUGUACUUGA